GUGUGACAUUGAGGAUUCUGUCGGUGUGAAGGAUGACUUCGCAGACACAAAUCGAGCUGGGUCUGGCGCUCAGCUUCUUUGACCGCGCCUGGCUGCAGACGUGGCCGCUGAACGAGCAGACCGUGCUUGAAUACUUUUCCAACUCGCCCUUCUACGACCGCACCUGCAACAACCAAGUCAUCAAGAUGCAACAGCAGGAUGCGUCGCAUCUCUUAAACAUGGUUGGGCUCGAGUACGAGCUCAUCCACAAACACGAGCCGGAACUGUUUGUCAUCCAGCUGCAGCAGCGAAACAGCCCCACGUCAGUCGAUCGCGUGGCCAACUUUUACAUUAUUAAUGGUGUUGUUUAUCAAGCUCCAGAUCUAUACCAUGUGGUGAACAUGCGAUUGGGAUCGUAUCUGCACAAUCUUACUCAUGCGUUCAAGGAAGCCGCCAAGUUUGUCAACUUUGCGCCUGCGGUUGGGCACACUUGGAACUUUGCAACCGUCAAAGAUCCAAACGGGGAAAGCACCGCUCCGUCGGUUGUUUCGACGCCGGCACCUGCACCCGCCCCUGCAUCAACAUCCUCCACAGAGACAGACAAGAAGCCGAAUGCGGGCUACCAACAGCCACGCGCUACACGACAGCAGCUGAUCAACCACAGAGCGCAGUACAACCAGGUCGACGAGCUCUUGCGCGACUUGAUUGCGAAAUAUCCGCCACCCACAGAGGCCGAGCUGGAGGCUGCUUCUGCGGGUCAGGAUGGCAGUGCACCCGUUGAAGCGGCAGCUGCAGCUGCAGCUCCAACAACAGCAGACACGCAGUCAUCACCCCAGACCGCAGCAGGAGCGACCGCCGCAAAAUCUGCAUCCACCACCGCUUCUACCCCCUCCACCAGCACUAAAUUGAAGCUGAGUAGCAAAGACGCGACGGUUGGAUCAGCUGGUGCUACCAGGAAGCCAGCGACUGCCGCUCUGAGCGACGCUGAUGCCAAGCAAGUCAAACGUCCAGCAACUGCUGCCCCAGCUGUGGAUAAGAAGGUCAAAAAGCCCAGGAUACAGACUUGAUUUGAUUCCAGAGGAUGGAGUAUCUUUGAUAUAAAAUGCAGAUUAUUAUGUUCUUGUCGCACUGUUCCCGAUGUUAGAAGGUGAGAGAUUUGUGUACCAAAGAUGACGAGAUCUUUUGUUUGUACGCAUUCUCUCGCUUCG